GGUCAAAACGGCUGCCCAUUAGGCUUCUGGCAUAUCACGGAUCGAACAUGGCUGCCCAAACAGCGGCCGAUGCCAUGCGGACGGCGCUGGAGUUGCAUCGCGAAGAGUCCGAGGAGCACCAUACACUCCAACAACAAUUGAACGUGUCGUUGGACAGACACCAGACUGCCCUCGACCAGAUGGAGCGGGUGGCACUCGCGGCGGGCGCCGACCCCGCUGUUUUGCGUCAGAUCCGCGAGGCCAUCCGUAAUCCUCCGCAAGCGCCGGACGCCGGAGGCGCGGCGGAAGAGCCGGCCGAAGCCGAAGCCGAGCCGGCGGCGCGAGAGGAGCCGGUACCGCCCCCGCCCCCGCCCCCGCCGCCCGUCGAAGCGCCGGCGGCGGAAGCGCGGCCACGAAAGCGCGCACGGCGGGUCACGGACGACGACCUGCCUUCGCAGCAGGACCUGGGCCUCACCCAGCGAAUCACGCGGAACGAUUACGACAACAAUCAGAUCCGCAUUCCGCGGGUGGUGAAGACGAAGAUUCCAGUUCAUAAUGGCACGGUGUUAGUGGCCGUGUUCGACGUCAUCGUAGAGUGCAAGUGUCGUCAAAUGGACGGGGGACGCUCCGGGAUCCUGAAACUUGCUAUGAAGCGGAGGUUUUCCUUCAGCCAGAUGGAAGGGUUACGGUUUGUGAUGCAUUCUGUACCGUGCCCGGAGUGGCAGCGCCGUUCGCCCCACUCGCAUGUAUUAGACCUAGACGAGUAUAUAAAAGCACAAUAAGUAAAUUUCACGGCG